GACGUGCUCUCACUCCUCUCCGUGCGUCUCCGCGCUCCUCACAGAAACAUGAGCUCUUCAUCCGUUCUUUUCAGUCUGUGGAUCGUGUCCGUGUGUCUGAGCCUUUUGGUCCGAGUCCAGGCCGCCGUGAUUGGCCCGUCUCUGCCCGUCAUGGCGUUGUUGGGCGAGGACGUCAUUCUCCCGUGCCGCUGCGACCCGGCUCGUGACCUGGGCUCCAUGACGGUGGAGUGGUCCCGCACCGACGUAAAGCCGGCGCCCUCGGACCCGCUCAAGAGGAGCAAGUUCGUGCACAUGUACAGGAACCGCAAAGACGACAUGGACAUGAAGAUCGAGGAGUAUAUAAACCGGACGCAGCUUUUCCCGGAGCAGUUCGGAGCCGGGAACGCGUCGCUCCGAAUCCGAAGUGUCAGACUGUCCGAUAAUGCGACCUACAAGUGCUUCGUCCCAAACCUGUGGGAGGAGGCCUACGUUACUCUCAUCGUCCGUGAAGCGGCAACUCCGACAGAAGCCGCGGAUACGGAGUCGAAACUGAACAUCGAUAUCAGCCCGACUCCUCCUUCCGACAGAUCUCGUCUUCCCGCCGUCGUCUCAUUCGUCGUUGUGGCGGUUCUUUCCGUCAGCGUUGUGCUAUUCGUCGUCAUCUCCAAACUACAAAAGCAACACUUGAAACAUCCGUGUGAAAAGCCGCGUCCGCCCGAGCGCGCAGAGGAGGAACGAGUCAGGCCCGCGGAGGAGGUGACCCUGCUGAGCGUCGACUGUCCCAAAGACGACACGCAGAGGUCGACGCUACAGGCCGGAUGAUGUCAGGUGGACUUUCUUCAAUCCUUUCUUAGAUAAUAUUUUUACACUUGCCUGCAGCGUACACUUAGCUAUUUCAUUUUAUUAGACUCUUAGAAGCCACACUACACGCCGUGAGGAAGAUCGUACGACACGUCCACACUGCGGCGGGGCUCAACACGAGACGUGGAAAAGACCGAAGAGCGAAUAUCAACGUUCCAGGCAGGAAUGUGUCUCAAAGGACUGGUUAGCUGAGGCUAGCGCUACAUGCUAACAGUGUUUUUGUUUGUAAAACUUAUCAGAUUGAAAAUGGAGCGUCAGACAGAAGUGAUCUCAGUCUCAGAGCUGGUCUUCUUUCUAAAUUUGGUCCCAGAGUGACACGGGGACAUUUUUAGCUGCGACUUUCAGACGUCUCUUGGCUCAGAUGUCCAAAAUGGCGCAGUGAGCACCUCGUUUAUGGGGCUGGAUUCCCCUCGUUUACUUUAAUUUGUUCCAGCCAUGUCACCUCACACCCUCCACCUCUAGAGCAUAGACUGUGUUUAUAGCUGGUGCGUUCCAAACAGGAAGUGAUCAUGUUGUGCACUUCCUGCUCCAUCGACUCUGGCUCCAGUUCACCUUCUAUUGGAAAAGCUGCGUCCCCUCUGUCUGUAACUGCUGCUGUCAGACUCAAGAUAUGAACAUGAACGUGCUCUAGUACAAUGCACUGAAUCUUUUUUAUUUACUAUAAUUUAUUUUCUCCUUCAAUGUGAAAAAUGGGAAUGUAAAAAUGUGCACUUAGAAGUUUGGGAGAUUCAACAUAACUUUGAGACUCCUCCUGACAAAUACUCGUGCUCUUGUGUACUCGUUUACUCAUCUCCUUGUGUACUCAUUUACUCGUGCUCUUGUGUACUUGUGCUCUUGUGUACUCGUGCCAUUGUGUACUUGUGCCAUUGUGUACUUGUGCCCUUGUGUACUUGUGCUCUUGUGUACUUGUGCUCUUGUGUACUUGUGCUCUUGUGUACUCGUGCUCUUGUGUACUCAUGCCCUUGUGUACUCAUGCCCUUGUGUACUCGUGUCCUUGUGUACUCGUGCCCUUGUGUACUUGUACUCUUGUGUACUCGUGCCCUUGUGUACUCGUGCCCUUGUGUACUCGUGCCCUUGUGUACUUGUGCCCUUGUGUACUUGUACUCUUUUGUACUCGUGCCCUUGUGUACUCGUGCUCUUGUGUACUUGUACUCGUGCCCUUGUGUACUUGUUUGCUCGUGCCCUUGUGUACUCAUGCCCUUGUGUACUCAUGCCCUUGUGUACUUGUACUCUUGUGUACUCGUGCCCUUGUGUACUUGUUUGCUCGUGCCCUUGUGUACUCGUGCCCUUGUGUACUCGUGCCCUUGUGUACUUGUGCCCUUGUGUACUUGUACUCUUGUGUACUCGUGCCCUUGUGUACUUGUACUCUUGUGUACUCGUGCCCUUGUGUACUCAUGCCCUUGUGUACUCAUGCCCUUGUGUACUUGUACUCUUGUGUACUCGUGCCCUUGUGUACUUGUUUGCUUGUGCCCUUGUGUACUCGUGCCCUUGUGUACUCGUGCCCUUGUGUACUCGUGCCCUUGUGUACUCGUGCCCUUGUGUACUUGUGCCCUUGUGUACUUGUACUCUUGUGUACUCGUGCCCUUGUGUACUUGUACUCUUUUGUACUCGUGCCCUUGUGUACUCGUGCUCUUGUGUACUUGUACUCUUGUGUACUCGUGCCCUUGUGUACUUGUUUGCUCGUGCCCUUGUGUACUCAUGCCCUUGUGUACUCAUGCCCUUGUGUACUUGUACUCUUGUGUACUCGUGCCCUUGUGUACUUGUUUGCUCGUGCCCUUGUUUGCUCGUGCCCUUGUGUACUCGUGCCCUUGUGUACUUGUGCCCUUGUGUACUUGUACUCUUGUGUACUCGUGCCCUUGUGUACUCAUGCCCUUGUGUACUCAUGCCCUUGUGUACUUGUACUCUUGUGUACUCGUGCCCUUGUGUACUUGUGCCCUUGUGUACUUGUUUGCUCGUGCCCUUGUGUACUCAUGCCCUUGUGUACUCGUGCCCUUGUGUACUCGUGCCCUUGUGUACUUGUGCCCUUGUGUACUUGUACUCUUGUGUACUCGUGCCCUUGUGUACUUGUACUCUUGUGUACUCGUGCCCUUGUGUACUCGUGCCCUUGUGUACUCGUGCCCUUGUGUACUCGUGCCCUUGUGUACUCGUGCCCUUGUGUACUCGUGCCCUUGUGUACUUCUCCUUUGUGUGGAAGUGUUUACAUUUCAGUUCAUUUUAGUCGCUGCUGGUCAAUG